AUGGGCAAUCGUUUGAGAGGUCACCAUAAGCCGAGAUUUGCGGCACUCAUCAUGAGAAUUCGGGAGCCAAAAACGACGGCAUUGAUCUUUGCUUCUGACAAGAUGGUCGUCACCGGAGCCAAGACGCAGCGUGAUGCAUGGGCAGCGUGUAGAAAGUUCAGUCAAACUCUUCAGAAACCAGGAUUUCCGACAGAGAUCGCAGACUUCAAAAUUCAGAACAUUGUUUCUUCGUUCGACUGCAAGUUCCCGAUUCGAUUGGAAGGCAUUGCCGUGGCCAAGUUCGGAUCGGUUUCGUACGAGCCUGAACUCAUUCCCGGCCUCGUAUACCGACUGCAGGCACCCAAAGUCGUCGUGCUGAUAUUUGCAAGUGGCAAGGUCGUGUUGACCGGCGCUAAAUCAAAAGACGAUAUCUCCGGAGCGUUCGAUGCGAUACGGCCGUUGUUGCAAAGUUUGUUGCUCAUUAUCUGUAUGCCAAGCCACAGGCUAAUCGACCGCACCAGGUUUCAGAGUUUUCCAUGA